UCUGUGAUCGGUCUUUUUCACUGAGUCCUUCGACUAGUAGGGAGCUUUAAACAUCUUCCCUUAAACGUCACGCCAGUUUUCCAGCAAAAUGAUCAUCUACAAGUGUAUCAUCACCGGAGACGAGAUGUUUUCAGACUCGCUCAAAGUCAAAGAAACAUCCGAUGGUAUGAUGUAUGAAGUCACAGGGAAGCUAACCAGCAGAACAGACAACAUUGACGAUUCCAUGAUCGGGGGCAAUGCGUCGGCAGAGGGGGGCGACGAAGGCUGCGCUGGCAGCACAAUCAGUGGUGUUGACAUCGUCCUAAACAGCAACCUCCAGGAAACCUCCCCUUACGACAAGAAAGCAUACAGCGGCUACAUUAAGAAGUACCUCAAGGACGUCAAGGCCAAACUGGAGGAGACCAACCCAGACAGAGUUAAAGAAUUCAUGGCUAAGGCCCCAGCGUGUGUCAAGAUGAUCCUGGAGAACAUCGACAAAUACCAGUUCUUCAUGGGUGAGGGCCAAAACCCUGACGGUAUGAUCGGCCUGCUGGACUACCGUGAGGAUGGUGUCACACCCUACAUGCUCUUCUUCAAGGAUGGACUGGAAGCAGAGAAAGUUUAAAUCAUCAAAACUCCCAUUUGGAAGUGCCUUGAUCGGAUGUGACCUGUUUGUUACCGCCAACCGAAUCAUGGACUUUGGACUCUGCAUUCCCAGGCUGCCUGGAAAAAAGCUGUUGAUUUUAUUUUGGUACCCCACCACGCUCCUCAAUUCCCUGCCAGUCUCCUCGGCUUGGUCCUUGGAGGCUGGCGUGACGUUGUGUCUAGUUGGUAAACUGAUGGCUGCAGCAUCAGUGUAAACUGGGCCCCUUCCCACCCUUCCCUGCUGGAUGGACUCUUAACCACGCAAGCUUGUGGGGGGGUGUAUGUCAGACGUACAGUCACAUAUACCCCUCAUCACAAAAGGACUCAUUGACACUAGUUGUGGAUUAAAUAAACGGGCCUAAGGCUGAAACACCA